UAUUAUUUAUAGUUUCCCCCCUAUCAAACUCCUAAAAAUCAUUGAUAGUAUCGCUCUCAUUAAACAAUGCUUUACAAACAAAAUGAUGACAACCAAAGAAGACUUGGUCCACAAAAGAGAACAAAGUUUCCAGUAGGAAAGCUCAAACAGCUAAUCAUUUCCGCGACUGCUAACAUUAUAAAGCUCUUUCUCCCCACUCCCCAAUUACACCAAAACACCCACUCCUCUAAUUUGAAAUUUUCCCUCUCAACAAGAUUACAGGAGGGCAAACAAACCAAAUCACCUUUAAACUCGAAGCAACCGUUCAAUUCUGGGCUCUGGUUGGCCUUUCAUGAAACACAAUUACCUGUAAAUUAACAAAGCUCCAAUCUUUAUAAAGUAGUCAAGAAGAUUGCGAGUGAGAAGCUGAGGCUGAAGGAAGAUGGAGAGUAGUAUGAGAAUGGCAAGCAUAAGAGGGAGCAUGAGGAGCAUGAGCCGGAGCGCCUCCACAUGGCGAACAACGAGCACCGUCUUCGGCAGAUCUGGCAGGGAGGAAGACGACGAGGAGGCGUUGAAAUGGGCGGUGCUUGAGAAGCUCCCCACCUACGAUCGCAUGAGGCGGGGAAUUCUCAAAGGAGCCGGCGGCCCGGUGCAGGAAGUCGACAUCCAGGACCUCGGAAUCCUGGAGAGGAAAAACUUGCUUGAGAAUCUGGUCAAAACUGCAGAAGAGGACAAUGAGAAGUUUCUUCUUAAGCUCAGAGACCGCAUGGAACGUGUUGGAAUUGAUAACCCAACGAUUGAAGUCAGGUUUGAACAUCUUAACAUAGAAGCUGAGGCAUACGUGGGGAACCGGGGUGUUCCAACUGUCCUUAACUUUUUUGUGAAUAAAAUCAUGGGAGUGUUGAGUGCGCUGCAUGUUGUGCCAAGUGGAAAGAAACCAAUAUCCAUCCUUAAUGAUAUCAAUGGGAUUGUAAGACCUUGCAGAAUGACGUUGCUUUUGGGCCCUCCAUCCUCCGGGAAAACUACACUUUUGUUGGCCCUGUCAGGAAAACUUGAUUCAACGCUCAAGGUUUCUGGAGAAGUUACCUACAACGGUCAUCGUAUGAAUGAAUUUGUUCCUCAGAGAACCUCUGCUUAUAUUAGUCAGCAUGAUACACACAUCGGUGAAAUGACUGUGAGAGAAACAAUGGCUUUCUCCUCAAGGUGUCAAGGGGUUGGAACUCGCUAUGGUAGGCUGCCAAACAUGGUUCAGCUUAUAGAAUUUUGCUUAGAUUUUUCAGGUAUAGAAGCUCAGCUAUUAUUUGCUACAUUUUUUGCAGAUAUGCUAACUGAGCUAUCAAGAAGGGAGAAAGAAGCAAACAUCAAGCCUGACCCAGAAAUUGAUGUUUACAUGAAGGCCAUAUCAGUGGAAGGGCAGGAGAAUGUUGUGACAGAUUAUAUGCUUAAGAUCUUAGGAUUGGAGAUUUGUGCCGACACCAUGGUUGGAGAUUCAAUGAUAAGAGGCAUUUCAGGCGGACAGAAGAAACGAGUGACAACAGGUGAAAUGCUUGUCGGCCCUUCGAAAGCGCUUUUCAUGGAUGAAAUUUCAACUGGACUUGAUAGCUCCACUACAUACCAGAUAGUGAAUUCCCUCAGGCAAUCUGUUCAUAUUCUUGGGGGGACAGCAGUAAUUGCACUGCUCCAGCCAGCGCCCGAAACAUAUGAACUCUUUGAUGAUAUUAUACUUCUAUCUGAGGGGAAAAUUGUGUAUCAGGGCCCAAGGGAGCAUGUUUUGGAGUUCUUCGAAUUAAUGGGUUUCAAGUGUCCUGAGAGAAAAGGAGUUGCAGACUUCCUGCAAGAAGUCACUUCGAGAAAGGAUCAACAUCAGUACUGGGCUCAUAAAGAAGAACCAUACUGUUAUGUUUCUGUGAACGAAUUUGCUGAAGCCUUUCGGUCAUUCCACGUCGGGCUCAAGCUAGGGGUAGAACUCGGUACUCCAUUUGAUAGGAGCAGGAACCACCCUGCGGCACUAACAACAUCAAAAUAUGGGAUUAGUAAAAUGGAACUUCUCAAAGUAUGCACCUCAAGGGAAUGGUUGUUGAUGAAGAGAAAUUCAUUUGUCUAUAUCUUCAAAGUAGUCCAACUUAUCAUACUUGGCUUAAUUUCAAUGACGGUUUUUCUACGGACAAAGAUGCAUCGCCGUGAUGCAGAGGAUGGAGUCAUUUUCUUGGGUGCGAUGUUUCUUGGACUUGUCACACAUUUAUUCAAUGGGUUUGCUGAACUUGCAAUGAGCAUUGCAAAGCUUCCCAUAUUCUAUAAGCAAAGGGACCUCCUUUUCUACCCUUCGUGGGCUUAUGCACUACCUACUUGGAUACUCAAGAUACCUAUAUCGUUUUUGGAGUGUGCUGUCUGGAUUUGUAUGACUUACUAUGUCAUUGGGUUUGAUCCAAACAUCAACAGGUUCUUCAAACAUUAUCUGCUGCUUGUUCUAAUCAGUCAGAUGGCAUCAGGGCUCUUUCGGCUUCUUGCUGCUCUUGGGAGAGAAAUGGUUGUGGCUGAUACUUUUGGAUCAUUCGCACAACUUGUUCUAUUGAUCCUGGGAGGCUUUCUUAUUUCACGAGAGAAAAUCAAGAAAUGGUGGAUAUGGGGUUACUGGUCCUCUCCCUUGAUGUAUGCACAAAAUGCAAUUGCUGUGAAUGAAUUUCUUGGGCAUUCUUGGAACAAGUAUGUUCCUGGAUUCAAUGACCCUUUGGGAGUUGAGAUUUUGAAGUUUCGUGGGAUCUUUGUUGAUGCUAACUGGUAUUGGAUAGGUGUGGGUGCACUUAUUGGAUACAUCUUCCUAUUCAACGCCCUCUUCAUUUUCUUUCUUGAUUGGCUUGACCCAUUUGGAAAAGGUCAAACUACCAUUUCUGAAGAGACAUUGACAGAGAAGCAAACAAAUAAAACAGGAGCAAGCCUUGAGAUAUUACCUUCAAUUGCAGAAUUAUUACCUACACGCGCUGAUUCUUCUAAGGGUGGGGCAGAUAGAAUUUUCAACGAGAAAAAGAAACAAGGAAUGGUACUCCCAUUUGCUCCUCUUUCAAUCACCUUUGACAAUGUCAGAUACUCCGUGGACAUGCCACAGGAAAUGAAAGACAAAGGAAUACAAGAAGAUCAUUUGGUCCUAUUGAAAGGUGUUAGUGGAGCAUUUAGACCAGGAGUCCUCACAGCAUUGAUGGGUGUUAGCGGAGCUGGAAAGACAACUCUAAUGGAUGUUUUAGCAGGUCGAAAAACUGGUGGUUACAUAGAUGGAGACAUUCGUAUAUCAGGAUAUCCUAAGAAUCAGGAGACAUUUGCUAGGAUUUCUGGAUAUUGUGAGCAGAAUGACAUCCACUCACCACAUGUUACCGUCUAUGAAUCACUCCUUUACUCUGCUUGGCUGCGUUUGCCCAAAGAAGUUGAUGCUAAAGCAAGAAAGGUGUUCAUUGAGGAGGUCAUGGAACUUGUGGAACUGCAUGUACUGAGAGGAGCAAUAGUAGGUUUACCUGGAGUGAAUGGCUUGUCAACCGAGCAGCGAAAGAGACUGACAAUUGCAGUAGAGCUUGUUGCCAACCCCUCUAUAAUAUUUAUGGAUGAGCCAACCUCUGGGCUUGAUGCGAGGGCUGCGGCCAUUGUGAUGAGAACAGUAAGGAACACUGUUGACACUGGUAGGACAGUGGUGUGCACAAUUCACCAGCCAAGCAUUGACAUCUUUGAAGCUUUUGAUGAGCUUUUCCUAAUGAAACGGGGUGGAGAAGAAAUUUAUGUCGGUCCGUUAGGGCACAGUUCAUGCCAUCUCAUUGAGUACUUUGAGGAUGUUGAAGGAGUUAGGUCGAUUAAAGAUGGUUAUAACCCAGCAACGUGGAUGCUAGAAGUGACCACCCAGGCUCAAGAGGACAUUCUAGGCGUUAACUUUGCAGAAAUCUACAGAAACUCUGAACUUUACCGAAGAAACAAAGCUCUGAUCAAUGAACUAAGCGCCCCUCCUGCUGGUUCGAAAGAUCUUUUCUUUCCAACCAAGUACUCGCAAUCAUUCUUGACUCAGUGCAAUGCUUGCCUAUGGAAGCAGCACAAGUCAUACUGGCGCAACCCUUCUUACACAGCCACACGAAUCUUCUUUACCACUGUCAUUGCUAUAAUUUUUGGGACAAUUUUUUGGAAACUUGGUACAAAAGUGGGUACACAGCAAGACCUGUUCAACUCUUUAGGCUCAAUGUAUGCAGCUGUUCUAUUCAUUGGAAUACAGAAUGGCCAAACUGUGCAGCCCAUUGUAGAUGUUGAACGAACUGUUUUCUAUAGGGAGAAGGCUGCAGGAAUGUAUUCUGCGCUUCCUUAUGCAUUUGCGCAGGUUCUCAUUGAGAUUCCACACAUCUUUCUUCAGACCAUCAUUUAUGGUCUGAUUGUCUAUAGUUGCAUUUCUUUCGACUGGACAUUAGUGAAAUUCUUUUGGUACGUGUUCUUCAUGUUCAUGACCUUCAUGUACUUCACAUUCUAUGGCAUGAUGGCAGUAGCCAUGACACCAAACAGCGACAUUGCUGCCAUAGUCUCCACAGCAUUCUAUGCAAUAUGGAACAUCUUCGCAGGUUUUCUAAUCCCAAGACCAAGAAUUCCUGUAUGGUGGAGAUGGUACUCAUGGGCUUGCCCUGUUGCAUGGACUUUGUAUGGAUUGGUUGCCUCACAGUUUGGUGACUAUACAACCACCAUUGAAACUGGUGAAACUGUUCAGGAGUUCUUGAGGAGAUACUUCGGGUUCAGACAUGACGUCUUGGGAGCGGUGGCUGCUGCCAUAACCUGCUUUGCUGUGCUCUUUGCUUUUGUCUUUGCAUUUUCAAUCAAAGUUUUCAACUUCCAACGAAGAUAAGAAAAAUAAUUUUGAUGUUUUCCUUUUUAAGAAUUUAUUCAUUCAGAUUGAAUUUGGGCUGUUGAUGGUUUCUGUAUAGUUUAAUCUCUGUAAAACCUCUCUUGGUUUCCAUUUAGGCUGCUGCUCUUCUAAUGAGUGCAACAGAGUUGUCUAAAUAGGCGUGAAAGGGUGUGUUCUUGUCAUGUGCAUUCCCAGAAAUUUUCUGUAUCUUCUUAUGUAACAGUGUAUAUGAAAUUCUUAUUCACAUUUCAAUGGAUUACAUCUAUUGCAAAUAUUCUCUCAUGGGAGUCAGGUUACAUUGACCAAAUACUAGGGACUACUGUAGAAAAACAUCGUGUCAUGUAUGGGAAAAUCACAUACAUAAAAGUCAAACUUCUGUUGUUUAGAACAUUAAAAGUCUCCUACCUCCAUUUUUCAAACUGUCUGCGCGCAAAUAUAAAAGUUCUCCAACAAAAAUUGCAGAAAGGGAUGAUUUUACCUGGUGAUUCUGUAUGGAGACUUCUGUCGAAUAGAUGAUGUGGAGAUUCCCGACAUCAUUUCUAACAACUUGAUCUUGAACCAAUUUGGUGUGAUGCAGUUAUAGAAAUCAAAGCAAAAAAACCCUUCUGCCAAUAAAAAUGAGGUAAUCCACUGAGAAGGUUCUAGUUUCUCUGCAAGAUUCGCUCUGCACAACACCAAAGAGAAUGUCAGAAAAUAGAAACUGAAAAGAUACAAAAAGGUUUGCACAAAGCUUAAUUUUCAUGAAUGCUUUUGAGCUUAUUUGCGGAAAUGGGCCGAAAAUCAAACAAUAGAAACCCUGGUGAUCCAUCUCCCUACACCUCCAAUGGAAUCUCACUCAGUCGCUCCAAUCAAAUCGCUAAUUCCCUCAUCAAAAACCUAGCCCUCUCUAAGCCGAACAAAAUAAUUUCAAAAUCAAAAUGUUCAAGCAUCUUGGAUGUAUGCAAACGUAACAGUUCCACGCCCUGACGCAUCCUAGAUGGUGAAUUAUGCUUUGUCUGCAGCACUGGCUAAAUUUCGUGCAUGCUGGAUGAAUGCACAAAGCUAAACUUUCUGAACGGGCACUCCUC